AUGGAUGCCAAUCAGCAGGAACCGGAAUUGCCUUCAUCGAGACAAACACAGACACAAUAUCCCAUUGAUGAGCAGAAGCUUUUCAGUGCUCCGCCUCAGCCGGAUGCGGCCUCCGAAGAAGACGUCGACGAGGGCAGAGCUGCAUAUCGACCUGGCGGGUUUCAUCCGGUAUACAUUGGCGAUAUCUUCAACGACAGAUGGAAAGUUCUGAACAAGAUCGGAUACGGCCGCUACUCAACUGUAUGGCUCGUCAGAGAUCUUCAAGCCUGUGCUAUAUGCUACGGCCAAGGCCACGGCACAUUCGAGAAAGAGAUUUUGAUCAAUCUCCGCCAUGGUGACAAGAGCCAUACUGGCUACCCUUUCGUCUGUCAUCUGCUUGAUGAUUUUGAGCAUCAAGGGCCCAACGGCACCCAUGUAUGCCUCAUUUUUGAACUUAUGGGCGAAACGCUUUGCAGCUUCGGCACCUUGUUCCGUGAGAACAUGAUACCUGGGUCAGUCAUGCGCAAGUUCACUAUACAGCUCUUGGUAGCGCUUGAUUUUGCCCAUGACCACAACAUCAUCCAUACAGAUAUCAAGCCGGAUAAUAUCUUUGCGAAUACUCGAUUGAUUGACUUUGAUGUUACUCUGGGAGACUGGGGAGUCUCCAGCUGGAUCGAUAGGCAUCUAUGCGAGGUGAUUCAACCAGUGGCCCUUCGCUCUCCGGAGGUCCUGAUUGGGGCUCCUUGGGACGCGUCUACCGAUUGGUGGAACUUGGGUGCUGUGGUGCUAGAAGUCUACCGUGCUGUCCGAAUGUUUGAUGGCAGAAUAGCUCCGGACGGACGGUACGACGUUAGAGAACACCUGGCUGAGAUUGUUGAUCUCUUCGGGCCGUUCCCGAAAAGCCUUCUUGACAGAGGAAACCAAGAUCUUGUCCGUGGUAUCUUUGACGACGAGGGGCGUGUCAAGGAUCAGGAGCCUUUCAAUCGCCCCGGCCUUGCUUCUGAAGCUUUUAUGCCUGGUUUGUCCCAGGAGCAGAGAGAUGAUUGCGCGUCGUUUCUCAAACUCUUGAUGAAGAUUGAUCCUACAGAGCGUCCAUCGACGGUGGAUCUUUUGCGGCAUCGCUGGCUGGCUGCGUUACCGCCAAGUGAGUGA